UACCAUCAUAUAUACUGCCGGCCAUAUUCCUUCGCUUUAUUGGUCGCCGAAUAUUAUUUGCAAUAUUUAUGGUCAUAACUAGUGUCUCAUGUUUUGCGGUCAUCCCGUCCACCAGUGAAUGGCUUAAAGUGAUGUUUGCAUUAUUAAGCAAAUUGGGAAUCAACAGCGCCUGGAAUGUGAUGUUUGUACACAUCCCUGAACUCUACCCCACAGUCUUGAGGCAGAGGGGAGUGGGUGUCGCGUCUGUCAUCUCAAGGAUUGGAUCCAUUAGCGCAACAUUUAUGAAGAAUUUGACGGCCACUACUGGACUAACACUGGUUAUGACACUGUAUGGUACCCUCACAUGUGUCGGCGCCGUUUUGGGACUAUUUCUUCCCGAAACAAAGGGACGAGAAAUUCCCGAUACUAUAGAAGAGGCAGAAAAUGUUGACUCAAUUCAAUUGAAUAACAUUAAG